AUGUUUCCAGCUGGUGUUAUUUUAGUCUUUUGUUUGAUCUUUGCUGCUUUCGUCUUGGUUAGUGGUGUUUUCAUCCACAAGAAAAUCAAGGCUAAGAAAUCUAAGCAAAGAUUCUAA